UAGCGCAUGCGCCAGGUUCUUGCGAAGCCGCUUCCGGCCGAUGGACGGUGGUUGAGGAUAGUUUGGUGUAUCGCUUCUUGGAGGAACGAUGGACGAGGACCUUUUGCUGGCCCUGCAGUUGCAGGAGGAGUGGGAAGCGGAGGACGAGGAGGUGCGGCUUCAGUCGAUCUCCUCGGAUCCUCCGCGGCCAUUCCCGCUGAUGGACGAUGCCUGGGAGUUGCUGGACCCCAACCCCGACGUGCGAGGCCUCUUUCUGCAGUUCAACGAGACCCUCUUCUGGGGGCGCCUGGCGGCGGUGGAAGUAAAAUGGAGCCCGCGCAUGACCCUGUGCGCUGGAGUUUGCUGCUAUGAAGGUCAUGGUGGAAUGUGCUCCAUCCGACUAAGUGAACCACUUUUAAAAUUACGGCCAAGGAAGGAUCUCGUGGAGACUCUCCUACAUGAAAUGAUUCAUGCCUUGUUGUUUGUUACUAAUAAUGACAAGGAUCGUGAGUCCCACGGUCCAGAGUUCUGCAAACAUAUGCACCGGAUAAAUCGCUUAACAGGAGCCAAUAUUACGAUCUAUCAUGAAUUUCAUGAUGAGGUGGAUUUCUAUCGUCAGCACUGGUGGCGGUGUAAUGGGCCAUGUCGAAAUAGGAAGCCUUAUUAUGGCUAUGUAAAACGUGUAAUGAAUAGGGCGCCAUCUGCCAAUGACUAUUGGUGGGCAGAGCACCAAAAGAGCUGUGGGGGAACAUAUACCAAGGUCAGAGAGCCCGACAACAGCUCCAAGAAAUGCAAGAAGAAGAACGAUGAGCAGGCAAAAAUCCUAGAUGAUAGUUCACGAAAAGCUCGUGGAAGCAGCAUACAGAGCAUAAUACCCUUUAGUGGGAAAGGAUAUAUCCUUGGAGGAAAAAGAAGUGAAUCAUCAUUAGAGGGAGCUGUAAGUCCAAGCAUUAAGAGCAGACAACUGAUCCAGUCACAGUAUCAUUCAUCUGCUGAUUCAUCUAGGUCAAAUCCUAAAAAUGAAAUCAAAUUUGAGCAAAAUGUUUCCUGCACAACUGUUUCCUCUCUGUUUUCUCAAAACAGUCCUGAAAACAGCUCUGCUUCUACUAUCACAUUUCCUAGAUUUUCAGUUGCUAACCGUAAGGUUUAUACUAAUGUUAAUGGCUCACCAGUUAAAAAUAUUUCUUUGGGUGGAAAAAGGUCAGAAUCAAAUUCUACAAAGACUCUAAGAGAUAUACUUCACAAAGGGACUCCAGAAAACACAAUUUCUAAAUCAGCUACAUUGACUCCAAGAUCCCAGUCACCAUCCCAGAGAAACAGCAACACCCAGACUGGUGGCCCAGCAAAACGAGCCAGAAUGGAAGAUUCAGUUACGUUUGUCAACUAUUUUUUAAAGAAAGGAGAACUCAAGAAGGAGACUAGUUCUGCUGUGAAUAGUACAGCCAAACCGGCAAUCUCAGAAACAUCCACUAGUGACCAAAAUAGAAACGUAUGUUGCCCCGUCUGUCAAUCUGAAGUUUUGGAAACCAAAAUCAAUGAACACUUAGACCUCUGCCUCUCAAAAAACUUUUAAUGUGAUUUUAAUCUAAAGCUGCUUUGCUCAAGAUUUCUGUAUCUUUAUGCAUUUAUGCACUUUCUCUGUUUUAUGGAGAAAAGUUUAUAUUAGAUUUAGUUUUUGUGUACCCUGAGUUUGAAAGCUUUUUCUCAGUACCUAGAUGCUAGUAACAUCGUUAACACUGAAUGCAACAUAGCCUUGAAAAAAGUGUCUCUAAGAGACUGUCUCAUCAGUUCUACAAUGAUUUAUCUGAUAUUUAACAAAAGGAUAUGUCUAAGGUAAGAAAAAUCAUUUGCUAUUGUUACAUUUAUUGUUUGGUUAGUUUGGUUAGAUGUUUAAAUGGAGAAUAUAGUUUGAAUAUAUGCAUUUAUUGUAUAAGAUAAGGGUCCCCAACCUGUGGUCUGCGGCCCCCAGCCUAAUCGCCACUGGGCCACGUGAGGGGCCAGCCAGUGCAUGUACAAAUGGCCCCACUCACACAAGCCUCGUCGUGUGAGCACCCAGUUUUGCGAGCCUUGUGGGUGCUCAUGGCUCCUCUUGUGUAAGCCUCAUCGUAGGCUUUUGUGCCCAUCAUAUGAGCAUCAGUGCCCGCAGCCCCACUUGAGCAAGCGUCGCCACAAACAUCACAGGUGCUAUGCACACAUGUGCAUGCCCCUCCCACGAAACCAUUCCCUUUAUCCCCUCCCCCUGCUCUGGGCCACCAAUCCGAAAAGGUUGGGGAACUCUGGUGUAAGAGAUAGACAUGAGAUUGUUAUUCCCUGAACUUGAAAGCUGAUGUCAUAUAGUAAAGAAUACUGCUACUUUUCUGUUUACACCUAAAGAGAUGGCUCACCAAGUGUUUGCUUUAAAAUUAUGUCUGUUUUUUAUCACCCAAUUUAUAGAUUUUGGCUGGAUUAACAAAGUUUUCUAUUGUGUUCAGAAGAGUUAGACUGAUUAUAUCUUGUCCUAUGCAAUUUUUGAUCAGGUAGAUGUUUUUCUAAACCAUAAACACAUUGGGAAGGCUGUUAUACUACCAUUUUAUUUAUAAAGUGCCUAUUAGAGUGAUGUAUGCCUAUUUGUUAAUAACUUUUGAAAUUUAUUUCCUCUGAGAUGGAAAUAUAUUCUUGCACACAACACAGUUGAUUGUCAGCCAUUUGUACAAUUAAAAAGCUUUUGUUGCUGUUGUUUAUGUGUACACCUUUAUGACACAACCGGUAUCAAAAAAAUUAUUCAAAAUGCACAAAGCAAUCUUGAGAAGAGAAUGCAUUGAAAUAAUAGGCAAUAUAAAUUACUUCUAUUGUGGUUAUGCUUCAUAUUUAUACAUGAUGAUGUUGACAGAUUUACGUUUGAUUGGGAAAUGUGACUUUGAUGCCAUCAAGAUCAACUUUAGAUGUAAGAUGCAAGAAGCUUGUACAUAAUCAUAUUCAUCUUCAGAAUUGGAUGAUGGAAUGAGAGGAAGGAACUAGAUAAAAGGAAAUUUGGAGAAUCAAGAGAACCAAUUGUCCAAGUUGCAUAGAAAUAAUGUAAAACCAUAAGAUCAACUAAAACAUACACCAGUUGUUCAAAGGGUACAUCAAAUCAGUGUAGUGAAAGACUAUAAAAGACAUUUCCAUUCAAAAAUAAAAAUAUGGAAGACAAUCAGAAAAUCUGCCAAGACAAAUUUGACAAUUGUGUUCACACAUCAUGGAUUACGCUCUAUUAAAUAAGCUACAUUUUAGC